UUGACAGUUGAUGAGGAUCCGGUGCGAAGCUGUAGUGCAUGUUCACCGGCAGCGACUUAUAUCGCCGAUCAACACCACUGCCCAGAUGAAUUCCAUUGCACGGCGGCGAGGAUCGAGAAGAAGCUCAACGUGUCGUCCGGUUGUGAGCAACUUACUGUCGAAUGCCCAGGAGCAGAAAUGCAGGUGCUGCUGGAGGCUGGAAAGUACAAAACCAUCUGUCCGGCCAACGUUAGAUGUGAUGGUGAAUGGACGCUAUUCGACGAGGAUCAUAAGGCACAGCGAAUAGUCAACAUGAUGUGCCUCAACAGAGUUCCGCGUCUGGAAACGAAGUGUUCCUGCUGGAAACCGUUGCAUGUACAGUUAUGCACAGGCGCUAUCUGUAAGGAAACGACGGCCGGUUUCUCGCCAGAUGGAUGUAUUGCACAGUUCCCAUGUGACAGGGGGACACACUUGAAAAUUGCUCGGAAAGGCCAGGUUAGGAUUUUUUUCCAGGAAGAAAAGUUUAUUGAAGCGACUUUUCAACAGUAA